AUGGGGGCCUUCGUCCGUUCGGAGGAGAUGCGCUUCUGUCAACUGAUCGUUGAAAAGGAAGCGGCAUUCAACUGUGUUGCUGAACUCGGCAAACAGCCGUACGUGCAGUUUAAAGAUCUGAACCCUGAUGUCAACCCUUUCCAAAGAACGUUUGUGCGACACAUUCGGCGAUAUGAUGAAAUGGAAAGGAAACUGAGGUUUUUGGAGUCGCAAAUUACAAAGGAUGAGAUACCGAUCGCUGGGAGAUUGGUUCAGGGAGACUACACUGUAAUGCCAACUGCAGAGUUGAACCAACUUGAGACGACUCUCACUGAUCUCGAGAGGGAUGUUCAAAACAUGAACGAAUCCGAUGCCCAACUCAAAAAGAACUAUAUGGAGUUGAAGGAGUGGGACGCAGUCCUCGAGAAAACCGACGAAUUCUUCCAUGGGGGGCUGGACGAUCAAGCGGCUGAAGAACUCGAUAUUCAAGAGGAAGAGUAUGGCAAAGGCGAAAAAGCACCGAUAAGUUAUGUAGUUGGAGUUAUUCGUCGCGAAAGACUGCUGGUUUUUGAGCGGGUUCUUUGGCGUGCCAGUCAUCAUACUGCCUAUCUCAGAAGCUCGAAUAUUGAAGAGGACUUGGAAGAUGAGAAUAACUUGAAAGUACAUAAAGCAGUUUUCAUUGUCUUCUAUAAGGGAGACCGGCUUCGCAGUAUCGUUGAGAAGGUGUGUGACGGAUUCAAGGCGAAGCUCAUGAAGAACUGCCCAAAGACGUUUAAGGAUCGACAGUCGGCUCGUAUUGACGUGAAAGCUCGCCUACAGGAUCUUAAAACUGUGCUAGGUCAAACCCGGGAACAUCGCUAUCGGGUCCUACAGGCUGCUGCCAAUAAUCACAAUAAUUGGCUCAGACAGGUUAGAAUGCAAAAAACCGUGUAUCACCACCUAAACCUCUUCACUUUUGAUGGCAUCGGCAAAUUCUUUGUGGCUGAAUGCUGGGUGCCUUUGGUUCACAUGGACGAAGUGAAGGCAGCUCUUGACCGCGGAGCGCAAAUAUCUGGCUCUACAGUUCAACCAGUACUAAACGUUCUAGAAACUCAUGAUGAACCACCCACUUAUAACAGAACGAACAAAUUCACUGAAGUAUUCCAAGGAAUCGUGGACUCUUACGGAAUUGCCACCUAUCAGGAGUUGAAUCCUGCUCCGUACACGAUCAUUUCGUUCCCGUUCAUCUUCGCAUGCAUGUUCGGAGAUCUGGGGCACGGCCUGCUCAUGUUCCUUUGUGGCCUCUAUUUCGUUCUUCGAGAGAAGAACCUUAUCAGUCGUAACAUCAAGGAUGAGAUUUUUGGAAUGUUCUUUGGUGGACGUUAUAUCAUUCUGCUGAUGGGCUUGUUUUCGAUUCACGCAGGCAUAAUUUAUAACGACGCAUUCGCGAAAUCGUUCAACAUCUUCGGAAGUACUUGGCUAAAUCCAUAUAGGCAAGUUCAACAAGAACUAUCUGGUUGGAUCAACGAAAGCGGGGCGGCCAACAAGGAACUUUUAAUUGAGAUGGAUCCUGGGUACAGUUACCAACAUGCUGAUGGGCCAUAUCCAUAUGGUGUUGAUCCCAUUUGGAACGUCGCUGAAAACAAGUUAAACUUCUUGAAUUCGAUGAAAAUGAAGCUAUCUGUGAUCGCUGGAAUAGCUCAAAUGACGUUUGGCGUUGUACUGAGCUUCUACAACUACAGAUUUUUCAAGUCCAAAAUCGACAUCUAUACCGUAUUCAUUCCUCAAAUGCUGUUCAUGACUUGUAUUUUCAUCUACCUUUGCUUACAGAUUGUUAUAAAGUGGAUUUUCUUCUGGGUUAAGCCAGAGAUGAUUUUUGGCCAGCUGUAUCCCGGAUCUCACUGUGCGCCAUCACUGCUGAUUGGACUCAUCAGCAUGUUUAUGUUCAAAGAUCGACCUGCUGGAUUCGUUCAGAUGGAUAAGAUAGUAGGAGAAAAAAAUGGACAAGUACAGUACGUGGAGCAAGAUCAGUGCUACCUGACUCAAUGGUACCCCGGCCAGAGCGGUGUGGAAGCUGUCCUCGUCAUAAUCGCGGUGUUGUGCGUCCCUGUGAUGCUUUUCGGGAAGCCGAUCUACUUCAUUAUGGAACAGAGGAAAAAGAAAAAAGCGAUGGGAAGCAACAUAUCUGUUCGUGCAAACGUGGUCUCGGAUGACUCGGAGAUCAUCAUCAAUGGAAAUCACAAAAAAGACGAACCCGAAGCUGCAAGCGCUCAUGGGCACGAUGAGGCGUUUGGCGACGUGAUGGUUCAUCAGGCAAUUCACACAAUUGAGUACGUCCUUGGUUGCGUUUCGCACACGGCNGAUGACUCGGAGAUCAUCAUCAAUGGAAAUCACAAAAAAGACGAACCCGAAGCUGCAAGCGCUCAUGGGCACGAUGAGGCGUUUGGCGACGUGAUGGUUCAUCAGGCAAUUCACACAAUUGAGUACGUCCUUGGUUGCGUUUCGCACACGGCGUCAUACCUUCGACUUUGGGCUUUAUCGCUUGCUCACGCCCGUUUGUUAUUCUUCUUUUUUUUCGAUAUUCAUGUUAUACGUGGGGGUUCAAUUGAACGAAUCCAAAGAGAGCUAUCUGAGGUACUCUGGCAUAUGGUGCUCUCGAAUGCGUUCAUUCUGAGCGGAAUCGCUGGCUACAUAGCCAUUUACGUGAUUUUCUUCUUCUUCGCUGUGCUCACCUUCUCAAUUCUGGUGCUCAUGGAAGGUCUCUCAGCUUUCCUUCACGCACUUCGUCUUCAUUGGGUAGAGUUCCAGUCGAAGUUCUAUCAGGGUCUCGGCUAUGCGUUUGUGCCGUAUUCGUUCAAAACUGCUCUAGAGGCAGCUGAAGCCGGCAACUGA